AUGGCACCUCUACGACACCGAGCUGAGUCGGUCUCGAAACAGAAUAAAACCAAGAAAUUCCGAAAACACCAUACGAAUGACGAAUUCAAUCGCUCAAGAAAGCCUUAUCAACAUGUAAUGGCGUUCCGGCAACUCAAGACCACAAGCACCUACCGGCACGUCACCGCACGGCUCCUCGCUUACACGGCCGGGCUGCUGCUCAUACUCAUAUGGACCUGCCGCCUGAUGCCAAGCCACCCACCGCACUCCCCCGCAACCCUACUCCACCACCAGCAAACCCGUCCCAACAGAGACCGCAACGAAGAUACAGCCGCAGACCUAUCCAGCGCGCGCGCACCUUUCAUCGCAUGGCCCCUCCGCCGCGUCUGCGCUGAAACAACGUACGUCCCGGGCCUCACCUUCGUCUGCGAUAAUAACAGCGGCGGCCCCGGCAAUAUCCGGAACUACAUCCUCACAUGCAUCCGCUACGCCGUCGACGCCGGCGCCACCGGGCUCGUCCUCCCGCGUAUUCGCGCGCGCUCGGUUUCGAAUCUCGAUAACUUGUUUCGUGAGUCCCAGCCUUUUGGGUACAUGUUUGAUGAACUGCAUUUCCGACGCGCGAUGGCGGAUGCGUGUCCGCGCAUUGCGGUGUAUGCGGAAGUCGAGGAUGUCCCCGGGGCGAGGGAGAAGGCAAGGCGCGAGGGCCGUAGUGUUGAGAGGAUUGUGGAGAAGGUGACGCCGAAGCGUUUUGGUGGCAGUCGUGCGGGCUGCGAUCAGCGCGAUCCGAAUAGGUAUACGGAUCUCUUCGGCUCUGCGUUUCGCGACUGGCUGCGCGAUUCUGCGGCGGAGAGAGGAUGGGCGCCUGUUGAUGAUGUGGAUAAUCCGCGGCUGAUCCGGUUAUCGUGGGGUGUGUUGUGGGAUUGGCCUGUAUUUCGCGACGGGCAGGAGUUUGCGGCUACGUUUGGUGGGUUGCUUAGGGUGAGGGAGGAUAUCUUGGACUUGGCUGAUACGAUUGUGACUAUGAUGAGGAUAAUUGCCACCUCGACAAAGGGUACUGAAACUGUGGCCGGUGAUUCGUUUUUCGGUGUGCAUUUACGUUCUGAGGCAGAUGCUUUGUCUCAAUGGCCGUCGUAUGAGAAUCAGACUAAGAGUUACUUACGUGAAGCUGCGAGUCAGGGGUACCAAGGACGGGUGGCGUACUUGGCCUCGGGAAACAAGACGGAGGCGGAGAAGUUUGGUAAGGAGGCCUUGGCGACUUUGCAGCUUGACGUCAGGUCUAAGUAUGAUUUAUUUGAUAAGGGUGACGAGGAACUCGAGAAGUUGGAGGAGUUAAGUUGGGACCAGCAGGCCCUCGUCGAUUUUGUCGUUUUGUUGAACUGCGACUACUUCACCGGGGUGAGCCCAAGCAGUUUCAGCAUCAACGUGGCGUUGAAAAGACACUUAAAGGAGGAAGGCUUGUAUACUCGGCCUUGGAAAGUGGGCGGACAAGGUGACGGGCGAAGCUGGCUUGUUGGGCGGUUUGAUCGGUAUUGGGAAGAUUGGCUCUUUAUGUUUGAUGGUAUGUGGCCUUGA